AUGGAGAGGGAAAGUAGAGAAUUGGAGAAUGGAUAUCAUCGUCAAGUGAAUGACUACCAGCCCCAGAUGCCUUUCACCUUCCGGCAUCAGCAAGAGAUGGAGAGGGAAAGUAGAGAAUUGGAGAAUGGAUAUCAUCGUCAAGUGAAUGACUACCAGCCCCAGAUGCCUUUCACCUUCCGGCAUCAGCAAGAGAUGGAGAGGGAAAGUAGAGAAUUGGAGAAUGGAUAUCAUCGUCAAGUGAAUGACUACCAGCCCCAGAUGCCUUUCACCUUCCGGGUGCAGCCGAUCCAGCCAAAUUUGUUGGUUGACAUCUUGGAGAAGUAUCACCAACAGUCUGGGAAGAGGUUGUGGGAUGCCAAGCAUGAGAAUCUCAGCAAUGAAUUGGAUAGAAUCAAGAAAGAAAAUGACAGCUUGCAGAUUGAGCUCAGGCACUUGAAAGGAGAAGACAUAACAUCUUUGCAGCCCAGAGAUCUCAUGGCCAUAGAGAACACACUCGAAACUGGGCUUGAAAGUGUUCGCUACAAACAGUCGGAGAUUCACAGGAUGAUGAAGAAAAAUGGAAAGAUGCUGGAGGAGGAUAACAAGCAGCUCAAUCUGAUACUGCAUCAGCAAGAGAUGGAGAGGGAAAGUAGAGAAUUGGAGAAUGGAUAUCAUCGUCAAGUGAAUGACUACCAGCCCCAGAUGCCUUUCACCUUCCGGGUGCAGCCGAUCCAGCCAAAUUUGCAUGAGAGAAUUCCAGAGUUUGCUUUUCCUGUGAAAAUCAACAAGUAUAUAUUUGCACUAAAAAAUUCUUGUUAUGCUUUUCUUUUCUUUCAUUUUCUUAUCUUGUUCUUGUCACCACAGCAUCAGCAAGAGAUGGAGAGGGAAAGUAGAGAAUUGGAGAAUGGAUAUCAUCGUCAAGUGAAUGACUACCAGCCCCAGAUGCCUUUCACCUUCCGGGUGCAGCCGAUCCAGCCAAAUUUGCAUGAGAGAAUUUAGGAUUUUCUGGCAUUUGAACUCUCUAGAGCUUGGUUUGUUGAACCUAAACUUUCUAGUUUGACAUGUUUUGUGUGGGAGAGAAGCCUUAAAUCUCCUUAAAACAAGUAGUAGUGAAACUAGUAAUAAAUAAAUUAAAACUUGGUUGGUGCUACAAUUAUAGAAUGGCAAUGCUCAUGGGAUCACCUACCUUCAUGGUUUAGUUUUAGUAUGUGGUAUCUUAUGGAAUACUAGGCUACAAAUUAGGAUUU